CGAAAUGAGUCGGUAAUAUACUUAUUUGACGUCACGUGUAUCUGGAGGCAAACCUAUUUGCUUCCGUACACGAGAAGGCGUAACAUACCCGGAAAAUGAUGGAAAACAAACACUCUGUGGUCCGCAAUGGUACGGACAACUGCGUCGUCUGCUUGGACACAAUUCAGGAGAAGAAAACGUUAAAAUGCCUUCACUCUUUUUGCGCUGAGUGUAUCGACUCGGUUUUCAAGUUGAAGCCCGCUUGUCCGAUAUGCAACACCUACCACGGAGUGUACACAGGGACCCAGCCGCAGGGCACGAUGACGGAGACGCGCAGCUGGCAGAGCCUGCCGGGCUUUGAGCACUGCGGCUCCAUCACCAUUCACUACCAUUUCCCAGCGGGGAUACAAGGGCCUGAGCACCCAAACCCCGGCGUGAAGUACAGCAGCACCUCUCGUACUGCCUACCUGCCAGCCUGCAAGGAGGGAGAGAAAGUCCUGAAGCUGCUGAGGAAAGCCUUCGACAGGAGGCUCACCUUCACCGUCGGACGAUCUGCUACCACAGGCCUCAACAAUGUCAUCACAUGGAACGACAUUCACCACAAGACCAGCAUGGGAGGUGGUCCACAAUGUUUUGGGUAUCCAGAUCCAGAAUACUUGUUCAGGGUCCAAGAGGAGCUUCGUCUUAAAGGAGUGACAGAGGAUGACUGAUGGGCGGAGUCCCACUUUCAGGGGACAUCCUUCAAAUAGAGUUAAUACUGUGUGUUGAAACACAGGUCCUUAUUUCAUGUCUGCACUUGUUGCAGUCCUCAAGCAGGGAUCUUCAUCAGUGACACUUUAAGACGUAUGUACAUGGAAUUAUUAUCUUACAGACAUAAAUAAUAAUAGCAAAUUUUAUUUAUAGAGCACUUUUCUGAACAAUGUUAUAAAGUAUCAAAAGAAAGUAAAACCAGACAAGGCAGAUAGAAAGAAAGUAGAGACAAUAAAAUGAAUAGGAUCAUAUAAAUAAAAGCAUAUAUCAAACAUCUCCAAAAGCUUUUACAAAGAGAAAAGUUUUAAUAAGAGAUUGAAAAGAAGCCAAGAGGGCGCAAAAAGGUCAAUAAAUCAGAGAUGCAUGUAGGUGCAAGUCCGUUUAAGGCCUUAAAAUGCAAAAUUUAGCAGGGAGUCAAUGUAGGGAGGCAAGCAGGGGGUAAUAUGAUCAUGCCUCUCUGUUCCAGUAAUAAGUGGAGCAGCAGUGUUUUGUACCAGGUGGAGACAGUGGAGGGAGGCCUGGCUUAAAUAAAGUCUGCUGUAAUAAUCAAGCCGAGAAUAGAUAAAAGCAUGUACAUGGCAUGACGUGGAGGUUAGUGGCUUUUCCCAAAGAUUUUUCAACUGACUAUGCAAAAAAAUACUUGAAACAUAGUCUGUGUGUAAUCCAACAAACCGAGGGUUACAGUGCAGUAGGAUUACUGUAUUGAUCGUCAGAAUACAUUUCAGUAAUAUAUGUCUUGCCUUUGUAUCACUGGAUCACAGGUCUGGUGCCUUAAAGCAGGCGGAUGCUAACAGACGCUAAAAGCAGUCUUCAGCUGUUCUGAUUUACAGUCGAAAAAGACAAACUAAACCAGAGGGGUGAGGCGAGCAGAGCAGAAUAAAACAGCAUCUGACAGAGAGGGCCUGCUAGCUGUGUCCUGUAUAUACUGUAGUGACAUAUCCUGAUGAUGUGACCAUAUGUGACAACUGUCCAUAACUGCAGUUUAGCAAUGGUAGCUUUAGCUGUAGCACAUUUCUACCGUUAUGUAUUUCAAGUUCAACUGUUAUGGAGUGAGUUACUUUAAAUGGAUAUUUUAAGUUUCGCAGAGAAAUGAGAGACAUUGUCUCUGGCAUAUUGUAUCAUUAGAAGGUAAGUCUGGUGAUAUUCUAUAUAUUUCUCUUAUAACCAGCAAAUCCUGCGAGUAGACCAAAACCAACAAUUAACAGAUCCUGCUAACAAGCUUCGUCUGUGUAGCCAAUGUAUGUUAUACAGUAGCUUAUUCCUUUGUGCGUCAGAGCUCCACUGUUGUCCAAAAACUAAUAAAAACACAUCAGUGGGCUACCAUGAA